GGAAAUAAAAGCGGAGCGGGGCGCGCUUUCCGCCAGAGCGCAGCACGCACGCUCAGAGCUCAGGAGCCGGCGCAGCCCCGCCGCGCUCCCCGCAGGCUCUCCGCAUCCCACCCCCGAGCCCCGCCGCGGCCGGCCCGGCCCCCGCCCGCGCCCCAGCCCUGCCGCCCGGUCCUAGGCCCGGCCGCGGCCGCUCCCGCCUGGAGCCGCCGCGCGCCCCCAGCCCCCCGGCGCCGCCGAGGCCCCUCGCCUUCCUCUUCCCGGCGCGGCCCCCAGGCUACCGCGCGCCGCCCGCCACUAACCCGCUGGCCACCAUGUCCGUGGAGCUUGAGGAGGCCCUGCCGCCGACGAGCGCCGACGGGACGGCCCGCAAGACGGCCAAGGCGAGCGGCCCGGCGGCGCCCGCGCAGCCCAAGAGAAGGAAGAACCGCAAGAAGAACCAGCCGGGCAAGUACAGCCAGCUGGUGGUGGAGACCAUCCGCAGGCUGGGCGAGCGCGGCGGCUCGUCCCUGGCGCGCAUCUACGCCGAGGCCAGGAAGGUGGCGUGGUUCGACCAACAGAACGGGCGCACCUACCUCAAAUACUCGAUCCGGGCGCUGGUGCAGAACGACACGCUGCUUCAGGUGAAAGGCACCGGAGCCAACGGCUCCUUCAAGCUGAACCGCAAGAAGCUGGAAGGCGGCGCCGAGCGGCGCGGAGCCUCGGCGGCCAGCAACCCCGCGCCCAAGGCUCGCCCGGCGGCGGCAGACAGAACGCCGGCCAGGCCGCAGCCCGAGCGGCGCGCGCACAAGGGCAAGAAGGCGGCGGCGGCUGCCGGCGCGAAGAAGGUGAAGAAAGCGGCCAAACCUAGCGUGCCCAAGGUGCCCAAGGGCCGCAAGUGACGCCCCCACGGUCUGGCGACGUUGUCAAGUUUUUCAGUCUCUACCCCGCGGUGUACCGGUUCCGUACGGUUCGGCCUGGCCCAGGUCCCCCACUCCCUGUCCCUUUCCCGCCCCUCCCCCAGCGAUGCUGCGUUCUGUUUGCUUUAGGUUUUUGAAACGGCCCUGGCGACGCCUCCAUUGGCUCUCACCCUUGGCAACGGCCGUCGUCAUGGUUACCGGCCCGGCGGCGCCAAUGGCCUGGCGGCGCCUGCCUGCCGUGCCCGCCACUGGCCACCCCGCGCUCCGGUUGCGCGGCGCCUUGCUCCGCCCGCCGCCCUCCUGGGGCGCAAUAAACGGUUCCAACCUUGA